AAAAAAAGAUCACUAUAAAGCAAGAGGGUAAAGUAUUAAAAAUGAUUGGCAGAGAUUUCAUCAGUUUGCUUUUUGGCUUUUUACGUGUCUUCAUAGCUUAUUGGAAUUUAAAAGAUUAAAAGGAAAGAAAAAAUUCUGAGAGAGAGAUGGGAAUGAGUGGUUCUUCAGGUUUAGUUCAUGUGCUCAUGCUUCUUCUUCUUCUCAGCAUCCUCUUUCACCAUACCGAAUCUACUUUGCCCUCUGAUAGUGAACAACUCUCAAUAACUGGGAGGAGAAUGAUGGCGAAUUAUAAGCCCAAUACAGCAGUAGAAACACCACCAUCAAGAAGUAGACGAGGUGGUGGUGGUCAGAAUACGGGAGCAGAUUGAUGAGUAUAAUAUAUAAGCCAAACGGAGACAUAUAUAAUAUCGGAAGCAGAGUAUAUAUAUCACCUUGAAGCAGUGGACAUGGUGGUGGUCACAUUCAUCAACAUUACCUUCCUUAGGUUUUGGCCAGUAUACAAAGUUGUGUAAUAAUUCACCAAGCAUAAUUUAAAUGUGAAUGUAUAAUUUGCAAUUUAUGUGAUUCCAUGUAAGGAUUUUAAAAUUUUCAAAAUUUGUUAACAAAUGUUUGUGCAAUAUAGUGUUUUUCUUUCCUUACAAAAGAUAUUUUAAUAAAUUUGUUAACAAAUGUUUGUGCAAUAUAGU